AUGAGCACCAAGAAGCGUAAGACCUUGGACGAUGCGCAUGGGUCGGGAUUCUCCAGCUCGCCUGGGGAGGAUGCCGCUGCUUCAGAAAUAGAGGUGGCAUCCGAUGAAGAGCUGGAAGCAUUUUCACCUGUGGUGGUGGAGGAAGUCCUUCACGAGGAGAAGACCGAGUAUCAGACUCUGAUGAUCUUUCGUAGCAAGAGCUAUGGUCUUUGCCUCUCCUUAGAUGGGGUCCUUCAGUCAACCGAGCGAGAUGAAGCGAUCUACCACGAAUACCUGGUACACGUGCCCCUGCUUCUGUGCGACACGCCCAUCGUCCGUGUGUUGAUUUGUGGCGGUGGCAAUGGAGCAGCAGCACGAGAAGUGUUGAAGCAUGGGAGUGUGCAGGAAAUCGUCCUCAUUGACAUCGACCCGGCUGUUUGCAGGGCGGCCAGGCGUUUUCUCCUUCCACAGGCCUUUGCUUUGUCCGAUGCACGAGUGAAAACGAUUUUUGCCGAUGCAUCGGAUUUUCAGAACUGGCCACCUGGCUCCUUCGACGUCAUCGUGGUGGACAGCACUGACUUUGGCUCCACCGCCGGACGGAGCAACAGCCUGUGGUCGAAGCAGUUCUUUGAAGGUUGCUGGAAGCGUUUGGCUCCCACUGGGCACCUCUCCACACAACUCGGCGCCUGCCGUGCCAGCCCGGGUGGGUUGUGCUGGAGCGCCGCGGUCGACACCGUCGCAACGCUGCGCGCAGCAGGCUUGGCGCAUGUGGAGGUCUAUGCGGCUGAGAUUGCGUCCUACGGCGGGUUGGCACUCUUUGGUGUGGCUGGAGCACAAGGGAGUGUCUUGGCACCGGCCGGGGCGGUCGAAAACACGAGACAGUUGGAACAGAUCGACUGGAGUGGGAGAGCAAGCUUGAGGCAGCUGUCAGGAUGUAAAGAACUGGAUUUGGCCAAGGGCUUGUCAGCAUCCUUCCAGCUUCCGGCACCAUUGGCCAAAGCAUUGCAGGAUGCUCGAGUGAUGAAGAACGAGGUGAUGACGAGAGACUGCAGCUCCUUGGAUCCACCGAAGGAGACAAACCAAACCGCGGAGAUGGCGCGGGAGGGGCGACCUCCCCGUUCCGAGGCCAUGAACAAGUUCACCUGGGCCUCCCGUGGUUGGUGUUUGGCCGAGUCCAUGGCCUGCGAGCUUUGCAGCUCCAACCCCCGCGCGGUGGUGUUGGUGGAAAGCGCCGUUCAUCUCACUGUCGCACCAGGACACCAGCAAGUGGUCCUUCGCCCUGGAGAGGGCAGCUUCAGCAUGGCUGCGGACCGCUCUGCAGUGGCCGAGGUCUUGCAGAGCUUAAUCAAGCGGAAACUGAAGCUUUACCUUGAGGAGGGCCAGAUCCAUCGGUAUCGUUUCCUCUGGAGCCAGCAACGGGUUCGCCUCUCGGGCUUCUCGCUGGCUCCGGUGGAGGACAUCGUUCCUGGUGGCCCCACCGAGGCCGAGGCGCUGUCGAAGUUCCUUUAUCAGAACGGCUUCGCACGCCUCGGUGAGCGCGACGCUGCCGGCUGGUCGCCGCUGUGCUAUGCGGCCCUCGGCGGAAAUCCGGUCCUGAUCAGAGAGAUGUUGCAGGAGCGGGCCGAUCCCAACGAUCGAAUCACCAAGCCGGCACAUUUUGCCAUAAUGCCCAAGAACACUCCAGUCUUGCACGUGGUCUCCUUUUUACACCACCAAGAGGCGCUGGAGCUCUUACUGGAAUUCCGAGCGAAUGUGAAUGCCAAGGAUGCACUGGGACAUAUAGCUUUGCAUACCGCCAGUGCCUCCAACAAUGCGCAGGGCCUGCGCACGCUGCUGCAUGCUCGCGCCAUGGGCGCUCAAGGACCCGCUGGGAUGACGCCCUUGAUGGUGGCAUCAGUCGAAGGCUCCAUUGAUGCAGUGAAGACCUUGGUGCCCUUGUGCAGUCCAGCAGACUUGUCAUCUGCCCUUUUGAUGUCCAGCUGCUUUUGCGGCUCCUCGGAGCUCAUCUUGACCUUGAUGGAGCAGAGAGCGGACCUGAACGUUCAGCUGAAGCCCACCUGGACGAUGUGGUUGGUUUUCAAGCUCUCCCGGCUGCAUCACCACAGGCACCCUUCACGGCUCAGCUUGAUGGUUCCGGACGUCUCCGGCGCCAGUCCCUUGAUGUGUAGCAUUUUGAGCGGGCACUUCGAAGCAGCUCAGACCUUGGUCACUUGCGGUGCCAGCGUCCAGCUUCGGAAUGCGCGGGGAAAGAACGCCCAGCAACUGGCCGAAGAGGUUUUCGCGCCCCCGUGCUUGUUGGAAGCGAUUGGUUUGGCUCAGGAGAGCAACAGCAACUCUUUGGCCUUGGGUAGGUACCUCUUUGAGGCCAGCCAGCCAUCCUUCUCGCAGCAACUCUGA